AUGGACGGAGAAGACGCAGUCGCCCGGAAUUUGCAGAAGGAUUUGGAUGCGGUAGCCCGUGGUGCACCGGUUGACCCAUCGUCCGUUCAGAAAGAUAAAUCGGGGUGUAGCUUCCUUACACCUGAAAAGGAGGGCCGGAUCCCCUUCGCUCCAAGCAGCCCCUCUUUCGAGUUCCAGGAUGGCGAAACUGCUUCGAGAAGGCCAGCCACAACCCCCGCUCAGGCUCCCAAUGAGCGCACGUAUACCCGAGACGAGGUGGAAACCAUGAUCACCGCGGCCAUCAGAAACUACACCCAAAGUUUACCUCACGAUAACCGACUCAGGAGGGAUCCCAGACAUUCCCCGAACGAGGGACGAGCUGAUGACGAAGGCGACAGUUAUUCGGAAAAUCGAAGAGGCGAUAGUCAUAGAGUCAGGACCGAGGUAGACAGCCUGAGACGCGAUAUGAAUGAAUUAAAGGCCUUACGGAACAGGCCAGCGCGAGAUCUCGUGGGAUCUAGCCCUUUCGCAAAACACCUUGAUGAUGACCCCAUACCAGCUAGCUACCGACCCAUUUCGUUCGAGUACAAUGGCACAUCGGAUCCCGCCGAGCACCUAAGCCGUUUCAACAAUACAGCAUCGCUUCAUCAGCUCACAGAAGGGGUGAGAUGUCGUGCCUUCGCUACCACUCUAGCCGGAUCUGCUCAGGCCUGGUUCGGUUUGCUGCCUUCCGGGAGCGUACAAUCUUUCGAGCAAUUUGCCAAGGCUUUCAUGAACCAGUUCGCCAGCUCAAAGAAGUGCAAAAAAACCUCCCUGUCACUAUUUAGCAUUCGCCAAAAGGAGAAAGAAAGCCUCAGGAGUUACAUCAAACGGUUCACCUCGGCCACCCUGGAAGUCCCGACCACCAGUGAUGAGGUACUCAUGGCAGCUCUUUCUCAAGGACUGAGAGAUGAUGAGUUUUUCCGAGCUUUGGCGCUGGAGCCGUCCCCUGAUUUCGAUAACCUAUUAGAAAGGGCAUCUAGGUUCAUCAAUUUAGAAGAGGCCCGCCAACAGAAAAUGGAAGAAUCUCACCAAGUCGCAAAUGCACGAGUCAGCGAAGUAAAGAAAGGCAGGGAGCUCAUGUUACCUCGCAGGGAUGCCAAUGCCCCUAGUCGGAGUAUUGUCCCGGAUGCUAAGGGAUCUCGUUUUCAAUCAUAUCAGCCCCUUACGGCUCCUCUGUCCCAGGUGUUGUGCGCGAUUGAGAAGAGGGCUGAUCUACGAUGGCCUCGAACUGCUCGCGGAGCCCCCCGUCGAGAUCCAACGUUGGGUACUUUUUGCCGUUUCCAUAAUGAAUAUGGACAUACGACCGACGAUUGCGCACAUCUGAAGGACGAAGUGGAACGUCUCAUUAGAGAUAACAAAAUCGGGGAUUUUGUGAAGAUAGAUUCACCUCGGGGACAAAAGCGUGAAGCCCAGUUUGGGAACCCGCCACGAGCACCGCCACCACCACCAGCACCGAAAAGAGGGUACAUUCAGAUGAUUUCGGGGGGUCCUACGGGAGGAGAUACUCACCGGGCUAGGAGACGCCACCUCGGUAGCCUCAAAAAUAAUCAUGAGGUUUGCCAAAUCUCGACACCGAAGUAUCGUCAAUAUCCCACUAUCUCGUUUGGUCCGGAAGAUGAAGCGGACCUAGAGGAUUUCCAUUGUGACCCUCUCCUCAUCACGAUUAACGUUGGGGGGUACGAUGUCGCUCGCGCCUUCGUUGAUCCAGGAAGUUCGGUGGAUGUUAUAUCCUACGAAUGUUUCCUGCAAAUGGAGCUUGACCUCCCAAUCUUCCCUGUCACUACUCCGAUAUUCGGGUUCACGGGAGGAUCCCUGACGCCGGUUGGACAAGUUAAAAUCCCCGUCACUAUAGGGACGCCACCUCGAGUACGCACUCAAACCGUCAAUUUCGUCAUUGUCGAAGGAUCGCCAACCUCGUAUAAUAUCGUGAUAGGGCGACCGAUGUUACAUACCUUUCGGGCGGUCCCUUCAACCAUUCAUCAAAAGCUUAAGUUUCCAGUUGAUGGAACGGUGGGAGAGGUCAGGGGCGACCAAGCCCAAUCGAGAUCGUGUUAUGUCGAAAUGGUUAAAGUAGCAGAGAAAGGCCGACGUGAUACCCUCACCAAAGAAGAUUUGGGAGACGAGAAACGCCCUCGAAUUGACCCUGAGGAUAAGGUUAACCAUGUACAGCCUAUGGACGAAUUGAUGAUGGUUGACCUCGUCCCUGGCAUGAUGAAGCAGACUCGGAUAAGCAAGGACUUAGAACCGCUUCUCCGAGAUGAGCUGAUAGCGUUGUUGCGAUCUAAUGAGGACAUCUUCGCAUGGCAAUCAAGUGAUUUAACCGGUAUCUCGCCUCGCGCUGUCGUGCACAGGCUCAAUUUGCGACCUGAGUGUAGACCCGUCAAACAAAAACGACGACACUUCGGUACUGAGAAGGAUGAAAUCAUACAAAAAGAGGUUCAACGACUUUUGGACAUCGGACAUAUCAGGGAAAUUCAAUUCCCCACAUGGUUGUCCAACGCGGUUUUGGUACAGAAAGCCAACGGCCAGUGGCGAAUGUGCAUCGAUUUUAGGGACUUAAACAAGGCCUGCCCUAAAGACGAUUACCCCUUACCUCGCAUAGAUCAGCUUGUAGAUGCCACUGCCGGGUGCGAGCUACUUAGCAUGAUGGAUGCUUCGCAAGGAUACCAUCAGAUCCCGUUGGACGAGAAGGAUCAGCCAGCAGUAAGUUUUGUCACAGCCACGGGUACUUAUUGUUACGUGGUGAUGCCUUUUGGUUUGAAGAAUGCAGGGGCCACAUAUCAGCGAUUAAUGGAUAGAAUGUUUCGGGCUCAGCUCGGACGCAACAUCGAAGUCUACGUGGAUGACAUGCUAGUUAAAAGCAAGCAGCGUUCCACGCACCUCGCAGAUCUAGCUGAAACGUUUGCCACUCUUCGUCUAUAUGGAAUGAAGCUCAACCCCGCGAAAUGCGCAUUUGCAGUACAAGCUGGAAAGUUCUUGGGGUAUAUUGUUAACCGGGAAGGUAUCAAAGUGAACCAGGAUAAGGUUAAGGCCGUACUCCAAAUGACACCCCCUCGCUCCAUCAAGGAGGUCCAAUCCUUAGCAGGGAAGGUAGUAGCCCUAGCUCGAUUUAUAUCGCGUAUGGCUGACAAGAGUUUACCUUUCUUUAAAAUAUUAAGAAAAACGGCCCAAUUCGAAUGGACUACCGAGUGCCAGCUCGCAUUCGACGCGCUAAAGCGAUCCCUCACUUGUUUACCGAUCCUCAGCAUUCCGGAAAAUGGGGAAACUCUGUUCGUAUACCUGUCAGUAGGCGAUGAAUCAAUCAGUUCGGUUCUGUUCAAGGAAGUGAAUAAUCAACAAAAGCCAAUCUACUAUAUUAGCAAAAUCCUUACUACAUCGGAAAGUAAAUAUUCUGAAGUCGAGAAAAUAGCGUAUGCUCUGGUCCUCACCACGCGACGACUCCGGCCUUACUUCCUGUCGCAUACCAUGGUGAUCCGCACAAGUCUACCACUUCGGCAAACCUUAGGUCAACCUACUGCGUCAGGACGAAUUGUCAAAUGGGCCAUCGAACUAGGACAAUACGAGAUUCAGUAUCAACCUCGUACCUCGGUUAAAGGGCAAGCCUUGGCAGAUUUCAUCCGGGAAACUGCCAGGAUACCAAUCGAAAAAGAGUGGAAAAUUUACGUAGACGGGUCGUCAACAACAACCGGAGCAGGGGCAGGAAUAAUAGUCAUUGAUCCCACCGGAACGGAGGUUGAGUUCGCCGUCAAACUGCCUCGAGUUUCUAACAACGAGGCAGAGUACGAAGCUUUCAUCCGAGGAAUGGAGAUUGCCCAGGAACUCGGAGCACGAGUGGUGCGAAUAUACUCUGAUUCACAAUUGGUGAUACACCAACUAGAGGGAGAUUAUGAAGUAAAAAAUGAUAGAAUGAAGGGAUAUGUGAAUAAAGCUCGAGCAGUACAAGAAACUUUCGAAACCUGCACGGUGCAUCAACUUCCGAGGAACGACAACCAACGAGCCGAUUUCCUCGCUAAAAUUGGGUCAUCAGUUAUUGACUGUGUCGAGCGAAAAAUUACCAUCCUCAUCGCCCCUACCCCGAUGCAAGGGCUCAUGAUAAUCGAGGAAGAAUCUGACUGGAGAACACCUUUGUUCAGAUAUUUUAGAGGAGAACGUUUUGGCACGAAGAGGGAACAGCAUCGUUUGGCAUAUAAAGCAAGGCACUUUUAUGUGCGACACGAGGUAUUGUAUAAAAGGACCUUCACCACGGUGGAUGCAAGGUGCCUAGGAAAACAAGAAGCGAAAUGUGUCCUAGACGAAGUACACCGAGGAGGUUGUGGGGAGCAUGGAGGAGCUCGGGCCCUCAUGCAAAAAUUACAUCGGGCUGGGUAUUAUUGGCCCGGCAUGAAGAGAGACACCCAUCAAUAUGUACAACAUUGCGCGCAAUGUCAGAAAUUUGCCCCACUAAUCCAUAAACCAGGAGAAGAAAUGACUAUUAUGAGCGCUCCAUGCCCUUUCGCCCAAUGGGGAAUUGAUCUGGUGGGACCUUUUCCUCAAACCACCGGUAGGAAGAAAUUUCUUAUUGUUGCGGUGGACUAUUUCACCAAGUGGGUUGAAGCUGAGGCUUUGUCUAAAAUAACAGAAGAUGAGGUAAUGCACUUCAUUUGGAAGUAUAUAUGCUGCCGGUUUGGCCUACCUCGCAGUAUUGUGUCAGACAAUGGCACUCAGUUCAACGGCAAAAAGAUCCGCGCAUGGUGCGAAGAGAUGAAGAUAACACAGAAAUUUGUGGCGGUAGCACACCCCCAGGCUAAUGGCCAAGUGGAAUCCACAAACCGGACCAUUGUCAAUGGUUUGAAGAAAAGACUGGAUGAGCUAGGAGGAAGCUGGGUCGACGAGCUGCCCUCGGUCCUAUGGUCUUACCGGACAUCGGCCAAAGCAGCUACCGGCGAGACACCAUUUCGAUUAACCUAUGGAACCGACGCUGUUAUUCCGGUUGAGGUGGCAAUGGACACACUUCGCAUCGCCACAUUUGAUGAAAAAACAAACGAUGACGCCUUGAGAACACAGCUGGACGAGGUCUUUGACCUGCGAGAAGCGGCGUAUCUACACAUGGAGCGAAGUAAGAACCUGAUUAAAGCACGAUACGAUCAAGGGGUAUGGCCUCGUUCAUUCCAGAUCGGCGACCUGGUCUUGCGCCGAGCUGACGCACUAAAACAUACAGGAAAGUUAGAGGCUAAUUGGGAAGGACCAUACAUGGUCACAAAAUGUUUGGCUGGUGGAGGGUAUGAGCUAGCAGACGUAGAAGGGAAACCACUGCCACGGGCAUGGAAUGUCAUCCAUUUAAAACGCUUCUUCGCGUAA